CAAACCACGAUCUGGACUUGGAACCAGACUGAACAAACCCUCGUUUCACAAGAGAGAGGAAGAGAGGCAACAAAAGAAGGGAGCAAUGAACGUCCUAAAACCUUCACGAUGUCUUCUGCUGCUAUCCAUGCUCCUCUCCACCGACAUUCCCACUGCUCUUACCGGCAAAGUCCUUGUUUUUCCUCUGGACGGAAGCCACUGGGUCAACAUGAAUCUACUGAUUGAGGACCUUCACUCCAGAGGACACGAGGUCACCGUGGUGCGAACCGCAAGCAGCUGGUACAUCAAGGAGCAUUCACCGCACUACAAAGCCAUAACGGUGACCCUAUCAGAGCCCAUGAACAUCGAGAACCAAGAUUUCUUCAUCUCGUUUCUGAGUGAAAUGAUCGAGAUACAAAAACACGGAGGAUCUCCGGUUGCAUUCAUGCAGUUCUAUUGGAAGAUGCUGAAGACUCUCUACGGCAUGCACUGCCAUGCAAGUCAGCUGGUUGUGGAAAUGUUCGAAAACCCGGUGUUGAUGAAACAGCUCUUUGAGGAACGUUACGACUUGGCUCUUAUCGAUCCAGGUCUGCCUCCAGGUGUGCUGGUGGCUCAUAAACUCAAAUUACCAGUGGUGUACAAUGUAAAAUGGAUCACUAGUGGAGAAGGGCACUCUGUUAUCGCGCCUUCUCCGGUUUCCUACGUCCCUGCAGCGUUAAGCCAGUUGCCAAACCGCAUGUCAUUUGGACAAAGGCUGAAGAACAUCUUCUAUUAUGUGCUAAACACAUGCAUUGACCAUUUUAUUGUAAGACCAGCAUAUGACAAGCUGGUUGCACGCUAUUUUGGACCCGAAACGGAUUUCUACCACUUGCUGCAAGGAGCGGAUAUCUGGCUCAUGAGGUCAGACUUCGUCUUCGAGUUUCCGCGUCCAACCAUGCCCAACGUCGUCUACAUCGGAGGCUUCCAAUGCAAACCCUCCAAGCCCUUACCUCCAGAGCUGGAGGAGUUUGUGCAAGGCUCAGGAGAACACGGUGUGGUCGUGAUGACGCUCGGGACGCUUGUGAAAGGUCUUCCUAGUGAAAUCACAUCUGAAAUCGCUGCCGGUUUUGCUCAGCUGCCUCAGCGAGUCAUCUGGAGGCAUUUAGGAGAGCGUCCUCAUAAUCUAGGCAACAACACUCUUCUGGUUAAGUGGCUUCCGCAGAACGACCUGCUCGGUCAUCCUAAAACACGUGCAUUUGUCGCUCACGGUGGAACGAAUGGCAUUUAUGAGGCUAUCUACCAUGGCGUUCCAGUGGUUGGGAUUCCCUUGCUUUUUGAUCAGUUUGAGAACAUGUUGCGUCUUAAGGUACGAGGGGUGGCUAAGGUUCUCGAUGUCACCAAAUUGGACAGCCAGAGCUUUUUAACAGCAGUGCGGGAGGUUUUAGAGCAACCGUCGUACAGGGACAACAUGCGACGGCUGUCUAGGCUGCACAAAGACCAGCCUGUACAACCGCAAGACAGCGCCCUCUUUUGGAUAGAGUACGUCAUGCGGCAUAAGGGAGCAGCACAUUUACGGACAGACUCUUAUAAGAUGCCGUGGUACUCAUAUCACUCUUUAGACGUAAUGGCCUUUUUACUAGCAGUGGUAGUGGCAGUAGGGGGAGCUGUGGUGCUUACAAUACGCUAUUUGUGUUUUAAACUAUGCACCAGACAGAAAUCAAAACGUGAGUGAUGCAUUGAUGAAUGCUUUUUGGUAAAACUUUCUAUGAAGCCAAGGUACCCCAGAUGAAUAGGUUAAAAAAUACAUCUAAUAGAUGUACAGUUGAAGUCAAAAGUUUACAUACACCUUGCAGAACCUGUAAAACGUUUAUUAUUUUACAAAAAUAAUAGGGAUCAUACAAAAUGCAUUUUAAUUGGUAUCAGUAAUUUUUUGAAUUUGAAGAUCAGGGUAAAUUUAACUUAUUUUGUCUUCUGGGAAACAUGUAAAUAUCUUCUGUAGCUUCUAAAGGGCAGUACAAAAUUAAAAAAUAUAUAUAUAUGAUAUUUAGGCAAAAUAAGAAAAAUGUGCAUGUGCACAUCUCCAUUCUGUUCAGAAGUUUUCACCCCUGGGUCUUAAUGCAUGAUUUUUCCUUUUGGAGCAUCAGUGAGCAGUAUGGUAUGAUCCCUCUUAUUUUAAUAAAAUAAUUAACAUUUUGCAAAUUAUGCAAGGUGUGUAAACUUUUGGCUUCAACUGUAAUCAUACUUCCCCAGUUGAUUACAUUAAGAAUUGCAAUUUUUUUUUUUAAGUUUUCUGAAACGUUAUGUUUAAAUAUGCAAAUUAGGCAUUAUCUAAUUAAAAAUGCACUGACUAAACAAACAUUUCCAGAACAGAAAUCUGAACACUGAAUAAAGCUUUGUGUAUUUUGGA